GCUGUGGGGCCGCCCCCGCGCCGCUCUUUCCCUUCGGCGGCGCAUCCGGCUCUUGAGCGCCGCAUCAUGUGGGCUCGCCCAGCCCCCCCGCGCGGAGCCGGGCCGCUGCCGCCGCUGCUAAGUGCCCGGACUCUCCGCCUGCCUGCCUGGGUCCUGCCAUGAGGCGCUGAAAGCGGCGGCAGGAAAGACGGGAAGAGCCGGAGCGGGCCUGAGGCGCUCGAGCUCCGUCGCUUAGCGCCCCGUCCGUCCGUCCCGUGCGGGGCGGCGGGGACCAUGUAAAAGCGAGAGCCCCCGACCCCAGCUCCGGAGACCGGGAGCCGCCGCUGGCCUGCCCGCCCGCCCCAAGGCCCCGCCGUGCGUGUCUGUGUCCGGGGGGGGGGAACAUGGCGACGUCGAAUUUGUUAAAGAAUAAAGGUGCACUUCAGUUUGAAGACAAAUGGGAUUUCAUGCGACCUAUUGUUCUGAAGCUUUUACGCCAGGAAUCCGUCACAAAGCAGCAGUGGUUUGAUCUAUUUUCGGAUGUGCAUGCAGUUUGUUUAUGGGAUGACAAAGGUCCAGCAAAAAUACACCAGGCUUUAAAAGAAGACAUCCUUGAUUUUAUUAAACAAGCACAAGCAAGAGUGCUGAGCCACCAAGAUGACACCGCAUUACUGAAAGCCUAUAUUGUGGAAUGGCGUAAAUUCUUCACACAGUGUGAUAUCCUGCCCAAGCCAUUUUGCCAGCUAGAGAUCACUCUUAUGGGCAAACAGGGCAGCAGUAAGAAGUCCAACGUAGAAGACAGUAUUGUUCGAAAGCUCAUGUUAGAUACGUGGAAUGAGUCCAUAUUUUCAAAUAUAAAGACUCGCCUUCAGGACAGUGCCAUGAAGCUGGUUCAUGCUGAACGGCUGGGGGAAGCGUUUGACUCUCAACUUGUCAUUGGUGUUAGAGAAUCUUAUGUUAAUCUGUGUUCUAAUCCUGAAGAUAAACUUCAGAUUUAUAGAGAUAAUUUUGAGAAAGCUUAUCUUGAUUCGACGGAGAGAUUUUACAGGACUCAAGCCCCUUCAUAUUUGCAGCAAAAUGGUGUACAGAACUAUAUGAAAUAUGCAGAUGCUAAAUUAAAGGAAGAGGAAAAAAGAGCACUGCGAUAUUUAGAAACCAGACGUGAAUGUAACUCCGUAGAAGCGCUUAUGGAGUGCUGUGUGAAUGCUCUGGUGACAUCUUUCAAAGAGACUAUUUUAGCUGAAUGCCAAGGCAUGAUCAAACGAAAUGAAACAGAAAAAUUGCAUUUAAUGUUUUCAUUGAUGGAUAAAGUUCCUAAUGGAAUAGAGCCUAUGUUAAAAGAUCUGGAAGAGCAUAUUGUUAGUGCUGGAUUAGCAGAUAUGGUAGCAGCUGCUGAAACUAUUACUACUGAUUCUGAGAAGUAUGUAGAACAAUUGCUCACGUUAUUUAAUCGAUUUAGCAAGCUGGUAAAAGAAGCUUUUCAAGAUGAUCCAAGAUUUCUUACUGCCAGAGAUAAGGCAUAUAAAGCUGUUGUAAAUGACGCUACAAUAUUUAAACUUGAAUUACCAUUGAAACAAAAGGGGGUUGGGUUGAAAACACAGCCGGAGUCCAAGUGCCCGGAGCUUCUUGCUAAUUACUGUGACAUGUUGUUAAGAAAAACGCCACUUAGCAAAAAACUGACCUCUGAAGAAAUUGAAGCAAAGCUUAAAGAAGUGCUGUUGGUGCUUAAGUAUGUACAGAACAAAGAUGUGUUCAUGAGAUAUCACAAAGCUCAUUUAACAAGGCGUCUUAUAUUGGAUAUAUCAGCAGAUAGUGAAAUAGAAGAGAACAUGGUGGAAUGGCUGAGAGAAGUGGGAAUGCCUGCAGACUAUGUAAAUAAACUAGCAAGAAUGUUCCAAGAUAUAAAAGUAUCUGAAGACUUGAACCAGGCCUUCAAAGAAAUGCACAAAAAUAAUAAAUUGGCCUUACCAGCUGAUUCUGUGAAUAUAAAAAUUUUGAAUGCCGGGGCUUGGUCCAGAAGUUCUGAGAAAGUGUUUGUUUCAUUGCCAACGGAACUUGAAGAUCUCAUCCCUGAGGUAGAAGAGUUCUAUAAAAAGAACCACAGUGGCAGGAAACUUCACUGGCAUCACCUGAUGUCCAACGGAAUUAUAACUUUUAAGAAUGAAGUUGGCCAGUAUGACUUGGAGGUGACAACUUUUCAGCUGGCUGUGCUUUUUGCAUGGAACCAAAGACCACGAGAGAAGAUCAGCUUUGAAAAUCUUAAACUGGCGACAGAACUCCCUGAUGCUGAGCUUAGGAGAACUUUAUGGUCCCUUGUUGCAUUUCCAAAGUUGAAACGUCAGGUUUUGUUAUAUGAACCUCAAGUCAAUUCACCCAAAGACUUCACAGAAGGAACUCUCUUCUCCGUGAACCAGGAGUUCAGCUUAAUAAAAAACGCUAAAGUUCAAAAAAGAGGUAAGAUAAACCUAAUCGGUAGACUGCAACUAACUACAGAGAGAAUGCGAGAAGAGGAAAACGAAGGGAUAGUUCAGCUAAGAAUAUUACGAACCCAGGAGGCUAUCAUCCAAAUAAUGAAGAUGAGGAAGAAAAUUACUAACGCUCAGCUUCAGACUGAACUGGUAGAGAUAUUAAAAAACAUGUUCUUGCCGCAGAAGAAAAUGAUAAAAGAGCAAAUUGAAUGGCUUAUAGAACACAAAUAUAUCAGAAGAGAUGAAUCGGAUAUCAACACUUUUAUAUACAUGGCAUAGCACGGAGGCUCACUGGAAGAUGCCAAGAAAGACAUGCAUUGAAAGGUGGCGUGGGCAGACAACUACCGGAAAAGGGACUGAGCAGGAGAAGGACUCGUUUUGACUUGCAUUACAUAUUCAGAUCCCUUGCCUUGCCUUACCAGAGAGGACUUUUGUUUUGCCAGCCUUUUUUUCAGCUAGCAUGACGGCAUUCCCUUCACUUCGCACACGUUUUUAACAGCAUGCUGGGUUUUUUGUUUUUGUGGGGAAUUUUAGAUUCACGGAGAGCCUGUUUGUGAGCUUUUUUUUUAAAAGGUUUGAUUUACUCCCACAUGGGGGGAAAAAACAGAUUCGGGAUGGGGGGGGGGAAGGGUUAGACGAAUGAUACUUGCACAAGGAAAAGAUCUUCAAAUAUUCAUGCACUGAGGAACUGCUGUUUGUUUUGUUUUUAAACAACAACAAACAAACAAAUAGGACUAGACAUAGCACUUCACAGUUUGUGUUUUGAACCAACCACUUAAAUAUGCUGUUCUCCUUUGAUCUCUUUUUAUGUUUAGGGUUAGAACAACACAUGCUCAUCAUAGCGGAAGGUCCGUGUUUAUCUGUCGGCUCACUCAAGGGCUUCAGAACACCUGGACUUGGAUAUUGAGACACACGGGUGUUAAAUAUGAUAUUUCCAGUUGGUCAGUUUUCUUUACAAAACUGUGGCUGAACAGUGAUUUGUUUAUAUGGACAGGUUGGCUUCAAUCCCCUUUCUAAAAAAAGAAGUGUUGCUUUCUCUUAAACAUCAGUUCACCUUUUAAAAAACUGUUUCAUGAAUUGGUCUGUUUAUAGUGAAACAAAAUAGAAAUAUUAAGUGUAUUUCUUUGUACAUUUAAUAUUUGCAAUUCACUGUGUUAAUAUGCUUGUAUAAAUCUGAAUGCAUUAAAAUAGCCAAUGCACAAGUACCCCUUCCAUAGGAAUUAACGUUUUGACAAUCCCUCUAUUUCUUCCUUGAUUAUUUAUUUGAAAAUAUCUUACUGUUACUUUUAAAAAUACAAUUCUGCUCUAAAAAUGAUGGUGUGGAAAAAGACAGUUCUUUAGCCUGGUGGGUAGCUCUGGUUUUAUAUGCUUUUUUAUAUAUAUAAAACCCCCCAUCAUCAUUUUCCUGCUUUUUAUGCUUAUGCUGACUGUAAAACAAUUUAAAAGAUCAUGCAGCUGUUCUAACAAGCACUGCUGCCGCCGCCAGCUUCUGUUUAUUUCAGUGUAACCUCUCAGAGCCCCACUUGUGGAUUCCUUCUCUCUCCCAUUAAAAAAAAUUGCACCCAUCUUAUAAAAGCAAAGCAACUUGGAAAUGUACAUUAAGGCUUAAGUGAAAAUAUGCUUUGCUGAGAGCAAGAAAAUAUCUGUAUUAUGGAUUAAAGCAAAAUGCAGUCCUAAAUACCAGUCCUAAAUAAUUGCUCACCCUGUCAUAAACAAUUGCUUACCAUCUUCAGUUGAUUUGAAAUGUCUGUCAUUGCUUUGGAUUUUUGUUUGUGGCCUUGAUGGUGAUAAAAGGCAAUACAAUCUGAUGGAGAGAACCCAGCUUUUAUUAUACCCUGCUGUUCGUUUCACAGAUUAGAAAGCAGCUUUGCAAAACUAGCUUGGGAAUUUUGUAGGCCCAGAUGCCCAUUCCCAUCUCGGUCAGUUAGCCUUGACCUCCUCUCUGAUGAUUAGCGGUGAUGUUUAAUAAUCCUGACUAUUGUGGAUCCUGCUUAUUGGGUAAAAGGAGAGGCCCUCACGCAGGUAUGUGUGCAGAGAUAACUUUAUAAGGGCUCUUGUAUUCCAUGACCAUAGGUUUCAACAAUAUCUGUUCACAUAGAGUGGGUUUGUAUCUGAAUCUCUGCCCUUAAGUGAGCUCCAAAGUACAAAAUGGGGGCAGAGUGAAUUCUCCUUGAAAAACAUCUUAUGUAAAGGCAGGUGAAUGAAAGGGGUUACGGAGUUAAAAUCCCAUGCUUUCAACUUCAGAGUUGUUGAAAAAUGUUGUGGAUGAAAAAGUGAUUUCAUGCAUCUGUCAGUCACAGGCUGAAAAUGUUAAAGAAAUCUAUAGUUGGUUCCUUGGAGUGUGUUUUGUAUAUGCUGUGGGAUUUCUAGAACUCUGCAUUUGAUUCGGAAGGACACUGAGCAGCAGUGAGGUGGAGAAAGAUACAGAUGUGUAUAGAUGUUUCUCCUAUAACAUUUUGAUUGGAUUUUUUUGUAUUAUAAGGGUCCCUUUUGAUUCUGUGUAGUGGGCAUAACAUGUUAACUAUAAAAUCAGCUAAAAUCCUCAGUUUUACUUGGCCCCCCCCUCUCUUUUUUGGGAAAACACUGACACUAUAUCCUUUGAAAUUAUUCCCCUUGCAGUUCGUGGAAGUACAAAUAUUUAUGAAGCCUGGAAUUAGUGGCUGGGGUUGAAAUGGUCUAAAUGGUGCUCAGACUUCCAUUUGUGUCCUGGUUCUAUGAAGACCCACUGCAGAACUUUGUUUCUCCAUCUUCACCCCAAAAAGCCAUUCCUGGAGACUGAGGGAGGGGUCUCCAGAGCAGGUAACCAAUGCUACACAAGUGGCUGCACUUGGAAGUGAAAACUGCCAUUUGCUCUCCCCCGCCCCCCGCGAUACAUGUGCAGAAGCUCUUUAGGUGUGCACAUGAAACUAUUUAGGGCUUGCCAAUGAGUAAUUUUCAGAAAGAAUUCUGUCUUGUGCAUUCAUGCUGAACAUUGAGCGCUUGAUGUGUCCAUAUUUUCACAUAUGAAAUAACCUAUAAGUUGACUAAUUGCAUGUAAGGCAAGGGGCAAUCUGUGUGCUUGUAACAGUAACAUUUUCAACUGCUUUUUUGUGUAUGUUAGAACAAGAUGUCAUGUUGAACACAAUCUGAAAAAAACGAACACACACACCAGCAAUUUUUUUAACAGCUGCAGAAUCACAUUUAGCAUUCUUCGUCAGGACAACUUUUCACCAAGAUGCCCUUAAGGCUAACAUCAGGAAUAGAACAGUGGUCCUUCCCACCCCUGCCCCCACCCCCCUUUCUUUUUGCAGGAAGAUGAAAACAUUCAGAUCAUUAAAAAUGGAUGGAAUUAUCCUUCAUUGCAAUAUGGAAACGUGGCACUUUUGAAUAUGACUUUUAGCUUUGGAUCUCUUUCUCCAAAUACUUAGCAUAAAGAGGGUGCUGCUUUUGAACAAACGUUAAAAAUAGGUUACUGCAAAGCACUGCUAUUGUGGUUGGUAUUAAAGCAAAUUUCUAGAUGUGACAAAUAAUGUAAGUUGCGUUGAUUUUAAGCAUUGUUCUAAAAACACUUUGUCCCAACAAAUGAGGUUCAGAUUUAAUCAUUUUGAAGUCUUCCACUUUUUCCCUUUACCCCACUGGUGUCCCUGGUUUUCUGUCUACUCAUUUGUUUCCAUCUGUUGUUCUUGUUGGAGUAGAAUGUAGUUCAAUUGCAUUUUAGCGGUGGCUCCUCUCCCUCCCCCUUUCCUCCCAACAAUGUCAUAUGGCCUAAGAAGUCAAUCAUUUUGGAUUUAUUUGCAUUGUGAUAUCUGUUGUAAAAGAUAAAAAUUUUAACAAAUACAGUCAAAUAAAAAUAUUUGAUAAUUUCAUGGAAAGAUUUGGUAUCUUAAGUGCAAAACUAUUUUCUAUUUUCAUGGAACUGGCUGGGAUGCUAUCUUUGUAAAUUUGGGGUCCUAUUUGUGAAAUAAAUACAUGAGAGCUUUCCUGUUAAUAGACUAUAUGUAGCCUGGAGUGCAGUGCAAACUUGAGUUUCCUAGGUUGUAAUAUCUAUCUACAUACGGUUAUUUACAUUUUUUUAAAUGUGUGCCACUACAAACUGAGAUAAAAUGCUGUACAAUUUUGACUGGUAGCAGUUUUUUCUUGUAUGGCAGCCUGGCUGAACUAUUUUGAUGUACUGCUUAAUUUUUGAAUUUUAUUUUUUAAGUUGUAUAAUUUAUUUUCUUGCAAAAUGUAAUAUAAAAUAUUAUAAAAAAAUCAAAA